GCGGCUCGCUCCCAGGAAGACGCUCCGCGGUGGGACUUCACGGAAGAUGCUGAAGAAACGGGAGCUGCUGCUCACCGCGUCACCGCUGGAGAGGACGGUUCAGUUUGCUCAGAGGCACCGAGGCAGCAGAGGAUCUUUCCGAGAGACGACCCUCCAGUGAAGAUGAGACCAUGGUCCCGGUACUAACCUCCAGAAAAGCCAGCGAGCUCCCCGUCAACGAAGUAGCGUGUGUCCUGCAGGCUGACCUGCAGUCGGGUCUGACCCAGGAGGAGGUGAGCCGGAGACGGGUCUACCACGGCUGGAACGAGUUCGACAUCAGUGAGGAGGAGCCGCUAUGGAGGAAAUACAUCUCACAGUUCAAAGAUCCUCUCAUCCUGCUGCUGCUGGCGUCGGCUGUCAUCAGCGUCCUCAUGCACCAGUUUGACGACGCCAUCAGCAUCACCGUGGCCAUCAUCAUAGUCGUGACAGUUGCUUUUGUCCAGGAAUACCGCUCGGAGAAGUCUCUGGAGGAGCUCGGGAAGCUGGUGCCUCCAGAAUGUCACUGCGUCAGGGACGGGAACCUGGAGCAUCUGCUGGCCAGAGAGCUGGUUCCUGGAGACACCGUGUGUCUGUCGGUGGGAGAGAGAGUCCCAGCAGAUCUCCGCCUCUUCGAGGCGACCGACCUGUCGGUGGACGAGUCCAGUCUGACGGGCGAGACCGCCCCCUGCUCCAAAUCGACCUUCCACCAGCCGGCGGCCUCCAACGGAGACAUCGCCUCCCGCAUCAACGUCGCCUUCAUGGGGACGCUGGUGCGCUGCGGCAAAGCCAAGGGCAUCGUCAUCGGAACCGGAGAGAGCUCCGAGUUCGGGGAAGUUUUCAAGAUGAUGCAAGCGGAGGAGGCUCCUAAGACGCCUCUCCAGAAGAGCAUGGACCUGCUGGGGAAGCAGCUCUCUCUCUAUUCCUUCGGCAUCAUCGGGGUCAUCAUGCUUGUGGGCUGGCUGCAGGGGAAGAGGAUCCUGGACAUGUUCACCAUCGGCGUCAGUCUGGCGGUCGCUGCCAUCCCAGAGGGUUUGCCGAUCGUGGUGACGGUGACGCUGGCGCUCGGCGUGAUGCGCAUGGUGAAGAAAAGAGCCAUCAUCAAGAAGCUGCCAAUCGUGGAAACUCUGGGCUGCUGCAACGUGAUCUGCUCUGACAAGACGGGAACUCUGACCAAGAACGAGAUGACCGUCACUCAGCUGUUCUCGUCCGACGGGCUCCACGCUGAGGUGACGGGUGUCGGCUACAACAGGGAAGGAGACGUUCUACUGGACGGAGAGAUCAUCCACGGCUUCUCCUGCCCCUCAAUAAGCAGGAUCGUGGAGGUCGGCUGUGUGUGCAACGACUCGGUGAUCAGGAAUCACACCCUACUGGGACGACCGACAGAGGGAGCGCUCAUCGCCCUCGCCAUGAAGAUGGGGCUGGAGAGUCUGCAGCAGGAGUACGUCCGUCUGGAGGAGCUUCCCUUCAGCUCGGAGCAGAAGUGGAUGUCCGUCCGCUGCGUUCACCGCAGCCAGCAGGACAAGUCUGGACUGUACUUCAUGAAGGGAGCGUACGAGCAGGUGAUUCGCUUCUGCGGCUCCUACAACAGCCGAGGCUCCACGCUUCCCCUCACCCACCAGCAGAGGGAGCUGUACCAGCAGCAGAUCAGCUACAUGGGCAGCGGCGGACUGAGAGUGCUGGCGUUCGCGUCCGGGUCGGAGAAGGGGAACUUGACCUUCCUGGGUCUGGUGGGCAUCAUUGACCCCCCGAGGUCUGGGGUCAAAGAGGCUGUGGCCACGCUCAUCGGCUCCGGAGUCGCCAUCAAGAUGAUCACCGGAGACUCGCAGGAGACGGCCGUGUCGAUAGCGAGUCGUCUCGGUCUUUUCUCUAAAGGAUGUCUCUGUUUGUCUGGAGACGAAGUCGAUCAACUCGACCUCCAGGAGCUUUCACACAUCGUCUCCAGAAUCGGCGUGUUUUACCGAGCGAGUCCCAGGCACAAGCUGAAGAUCGUAAAGUCGCUCCAGAACAUCGGCGCCGUGGUGGCCAUGACGGGCGACGGCGUGAACGACGCCGUGGCGCUGAAGGCCGCCGACAUCGGUAUCGCGAUGGGCAAGACUGGAACUGACGUCUGCAAGGAGGCGGCGGACAUGAUCCUGGUGGACGACGACUUCCAGACCAUCAUGUUGGCCAUCGAGGAAGGAAAAGGAAUUUACAACAACAUCAAAAACUUUGUCCGCUUCCAGCUGAGCACGAGCAUCGCAGCGCUGACGCUCAUCUCCUUGGCGACGCUGAUGAACUUCCCUAACCCGCUGAACGCCAUGCAGAUCCUGUGGAUCAACAUCAUCAUGGACGGACCUCCGGCUCAAAGUUUGGGGGUGGAGCCUGUCGACCGGGACGUUAUCAGAAAACCUCCUCGUAACGUCAGAGACAGCAUCCUCACCCGGAGUCUGAUCGUCAAGGUCCUGGUGUCGGCCAUGAUCAUCGUCUGUGGGACGCUGUUCGUCUUCUGGAGGGAGUUGCAGGACAACGUGAUCACUCCUCGGGACACGACCAUGACCUUCACCUGCUUCGUCUUCUUCGACAUGUUCAACGCUCUGAGCUCUCGCUCGCAGACUCGCCUGGUGCACGAGAUGGGUCUGUGCAGCAACAGGACGUUCUGUUUCGCAGUGCUGGCCUCCAUCAUGGGGCAGCUGCUCGUCAUCUACUUCCCCCCUCUGCAGAACGUCUUCCAGACGGAGAGCCUCAGCGUCUUCGACCUGCUGUUCCUGGUGAGUCUCACCUCGUCCGUCUGCCUGGUGUCCGAGGCCAUCAAGAUGGUGGAAAGGUGGAGGGGCGCCGCGAGGAGUCCGCCCGCCGACUGCUUCCACGAGGUAUGACCCCGUCCCCCUCACCCUGCCGCCGCCUGGGCCUUGAGACGCCGAGGUCUGGAGGAAGACGCGGAGGAGGUGAUGAAGGUGAAAGGGAGCUCGCUGACUGAUUUUUGUCCCGCGAGAUCCUCCUAGGUGCAGAAACCCCCGGUCUGGGACCGGGGGACGCUCUCGGCCUUUAAUGUGAGAGGACCAGGUGGCUGCUGGGACAGACACCAGUACCCAGUAUGUUAACUACCGAACCGUGGCAUUGAUUCCCUCUGAUGGGGCAAACCGCCACAGAGCGACCACUGAGCAGGCUGGUGAUUCAGGAGGAAACCCCGGUUUUGAACUGGCUCCUAUCGGAGGGCAGGGCGACCACACGGCGGCACAAACAAACACGCCAAGGUUCGAUUCCCGAGCUUCUGUGAAAUGUUCUGUUUCUCAUUUUUGCUCCACGUGAAGGUCCCGUGUUCUGAGACGUCAUUCCACACCUGAGCCUCAGCACAUGUUCAAUCUGAAUUAAUAUAAUUUUUUAGUCCCUUUAUUCAACAACAGAAGAAAAACCUGCUUGAGAAUAAGCUUUUCUUUUUAAAGUUCAACAUUUGUGAAUAAAUGGAAACAGUUUCAAUGUUUUAGGAACAAAAUUAGGAACUCCGUUCCAUUAAAAUCACUGAAAACAUAAUUUAUUAAUAAAAGUAGAAGAAAAACAGACGUGAACGUGUGACAUCAUCAUCAUCAGAAGAAGAAGAAUGAUGAUGAUGUCACAAAACUGACAUCACGCGUGUCGUGUCCAUGUGCGUCACAACAACAACACGCGGCGUCACGGAGACGAUAUCAGCUGGACGAUCCGAUCGCACCGCUUCUCCAGCUGUGGACCGUCACAGCCAAUCACUGACACACCCUGUAAGAGGCCCGGAGCUCGUGGAGACGAACUGUGUAUCGUCCUCUUCACUUCCUGUGACCUCAUCUUAGCUUUGAAAUCGACGCCCACAGUUUUAACUGUCCAAUUGGGACCAGCCACCGAUUCAGAGACGCAGCGACAGAUACGACCAGUUGAAAACAACAACCUGAUGUCACCGUGACGUCAUCUUUCUUAAUGAUGAAGAAUAAAAGCAGCGUCUCACCCCGUCGGCUGCUUGCUGUCUCACGUUUCCACAUUUGAUUUGAACAUCGUGUGGAUGUGACAUCAACACACACACACACGUCAGUCUCAUCCUGUGCCUUAGGGAAGUCAUCCAUGGUUCGUCUCCGUGGAAACAGACGUGAAGGCACGGACGGCGUUCCUUAACUGACGGACAUUUUCUCUGUUCCAUCGCUUGAUUUAUUUGAAAAAUUCAAUUUUAAUUUCCAUCUUUAUUUCGGCUCAAAUUUUUUUUUUUCCCACCUCCUUUUGUUCGACCGGGGUUUUGCUUCCUUCGCUGUGGAGGAGUCACGGUGCUUUCUGGGAAAUGUACUUCACUGGUCUCUUUGUUGAAACUUUGAUUUCAAGCGAUAUAAUUUAAUUUAUGUCCAAACGGCACAUUUGGAGACAAACUAUCUGCUGCGGUUUCCAGCGUCCCACAACAUGAAUAUAUUUAAUCUGUUCGAUUGAUUCAUCAAAUGGAAGCAGGAGCAGCCUCCUCAUCUCCUUCUUAUGCUUCUGCUGUUAAUUUGUCAUGUCAGUAAAUUACUAAAUCAUGAUUCACCUUUGGAUUUCUGCAGAUAUUAAAGGAUUUUUUCUUUUCUUUUUUAAA